AGUUCAACAUUUUAUUUACACGCGUAUUCGCGCACGCGGUGGUAGAUGCCGGUCUGCGAUUAGGUGAGAAAUGAGAUCAUGUUUUGUACAAAGUUCAGUAGGUUCAAUCAAUGAGUUUUUCACCUAACAGACAGCUAUGGACCCCAACACAAACGAAAACCACGCUCCAAACGAACGACAAGGCCAUUACGCCCGAACGCUGACCGAAUCCGAGGCCUCCAAGCUGGCACUGGACACGAACCUGCUGUCGGAGUUCAAGCGCACGAAGCUCGAAGCCGAAGCUCAGAAAAACUGGGACCUGUUCUACAAGCGCAACGAAACCCGGUUCUUCAAGGACAGGCACUGGACCCAGCGAGAAUUCGAAGAACUCGCGGCGUCGGCGACGUCUUCCAACCGCGCCGACGAGCCGCCCGUGCUGCUCGAAGUGGGUUGCGGCGUGGGCAACUUCAUCUUUCCCUUGCUCGAAGAGAACACCCGUUUCUUCGUGUACGCUUGCGACUUCUCGCCGCGAGCCGUCGACUUCGUCAAGUCGCACGCGCUUUACGACGAAGCCCGCGUGAAAGCAUUUCGAUGCGACCUGACGCGAGAUGCUCUGACGGACAGCGUACCCGAAUGCGGCGUCGAUGUGGUCACCAUGAUCUUCGUGCUGUCCGCGAUCUGUCCCGAAAAGAUGUCGGCGGCGUUGGAGAACGUUCGCCGCGUGCUCAAGCCCGGUGGCGUUGUGCUGUUCAGGGACUACGGGCUCUACGACCAGGCCAUGCUAAGAUUCGCGCCGGGUCAUAAGAUUGGCGAUGACUUUUACGUGCGGCAGGACGGCACGAGGGCGUACUACUUCUCCGAGGAGAACUUGGCCCGGCUGUUUCGGGACGCCGGCUUUGAGGCGGAGAGCAACGGCUACGUGCGACGCGAGACUGUGAACAAGAAGGAAGGAAUCUGCGUGCCUCGGGUGUUCGUGCAGGGCAGGUUCCGGAAACUCUGCGGAGAUGGCGCUGACCGGACGCUCACCUGAUGCUCAAGUGCUUAAAAAAAGAAAAAAAGACAGGUUGCUGGCUGUUCACUGGAGGCCAAAGCCGUGUUCCUAGCUGCUGACCGCGAGUUGAUGGCAAGCUUCCACUGUGUUUUUGUAACAUGCAUACCAGACCGUCAAGACCUGGAACCAGUCUUUCACCAGCACGUUUACCCUCCUGUCCUGCCCAUCCGUUGAAAGUGGUCUCGAAG